AUGCUGCUAGACGUGAAUAGGAAAAUGUUGAUAUACAGGCGCAUUGCAAUGCUCUCCUUUAGAUGCAACUUUAUGGACAUUGACGAAAAUAAUCACAUUGUCGUUGCCUUUUUGCAAGAGAAGCGUCGACCAACUACUCAGGUUAAUCUAGCCCAUGACGUAGAAGAGGCUAAACAUAGACAUGGUGGGGGCAGUGGCGGUGGCAGUUAUGGAGGAGGCGGCGAAGGGUCUAGUGGAGGAGGAGGAUCUGGCGGCGGUGGGUCAGGCGGCGGUGGCUAUGGCGGAGGUGGGUCUGGUGGAGGCGGUCAAGGUGGUGGAGGGUAUGGCGGAGGAGGUCACGGAGGUGGUGGAGGCGGUCACGGUGGUGGAGAGUCUGGCGGAGGAGGUAGCUAUGGAGGAGGCGGAAAAGGAGGAGGCGGGAAAGGAGGAGGCGCUUUGGUUGUUUCGUGGGCUAGAGAAUCCCACACACAACCUACCCAAGAUGGCCAACAAGUUAAUCUAGCCCAUGACGUAGAAGAGGCUAAACAUAGACAUGGUGGGGCAGUGGCGGUGGCAGUUAUGGAGGAGGCGGCGAAGGGUCUAGUGGAGGAGGAGGAUCUGGCGGCGGUGGGUCAGGCGGCGUGGCUAUGGCGGAGGUGGGUCUGUGGAGGCGGUCAAAGUGUGGAGGGUAUGGCGGAAGAGGUCACGGAGUGGUGGAGGCGGUCACGGCGGGUGGAGAGUCUGGCGGAGGAGGUAGCUUAUGGAGGAGGCGGAAAAGGAGGAGGCGGGAAAGGGAGGCACGGACGGUAA